AUCUGUUUCUCCGGCGGGGACUCGAUUAUAUUGUAGGGGACUGGGGGCGGCCGCCGCCGCAGCCGCGGGAUGGGGCGAGCGCGCGGACCCCGCGGGCAGCCGCAGCCGCAGCCGCCUCAGUAGCUCGGGCCCCCGCGCCGCCGCCCCCCGCCCGGCGCCCGCCCUCGGCUCCUGCACUCGCCGAGCGGCGGCAGCAGCGGGAGGAGCGCCCCGCCGCCCCCGCCGAGGACCGCGCGGAGGCUGCGGCGCUGCCGCGGCGGGAGUCCCAGGUCGGCGGGCAGAGCGCGGGCAGCGAGGGGCCGCCGCCUGUGCCGCAGCGGGGAGAUGUGCCCGGAGGAGGGCGGCGCGGCCGGGCUGGGCGAGCUCCGCUCCUGGUGGGAGGUCCCGGCCAUCGCGCACUUCUGCUCGCUCUUUCGCACCGCGUUCCGCCUGCCCGACUUCGAGAUCGAGGAGUUAGAAGCCGCUCUUCACAGAGAUGACGUGGAGUUUAUCAGUGACCUGAUUGCCUGCCUGCUUCAGGGCUGUUAUCAACGAAGAGAUAUCACGCCUCAGACAUUCCACAGCUACCUAGAGGACAUCAUCAACUACCGCUGGGAGCUCGAAGAAGGGAAGCCCAACCCUCUGAGGGAAGCCAGUUUCCAGGACCUGCCUCUUCGCACACGGGUGGAGAUCCUGCACCGACUCUGUGAUUACCGGCUGGAUGCAGACGAUGUCUUCGAUCUUCUAAAGGGUCUGGAUGCAGACAGUCUCCGUGUGGAGCCAUUGGGUGAAGACAAUUCUGGGGCACUAUAUUGGUAUUUCUAUGGAACACGAAUGUACAAAGAGGACCCGGUGCAAGGAAAAUCCAAUGGAGAACUCUCUUUGAGCAGGGAAAGUGAAGGACAAAAAAAUGUCUCAAGUAUUCCUGGAAAAACGGGAAAAAGAAGAGGAAGACCCCCAAAACGGAAGAAACUGCAGGAGGAGAUUCUGUUGAGUGAAAAGCAGGAAGAAAAUUCCUUGGCAUCCGAGCCACAGACAAGACAUGGGUCCCAAGGGCCAGGCCAAGGUACUUGGUGGCUCCUGUGCCAGACAGAAGAGGAAUGGAGACAGGUCACCGAGAGUUUUCGCGAGAGGACCUCCCUUCGAGAACGGCAGCUCUACAAGCUCCUCAGUGAGGACUUCCUGCCUGAGAUCUGCAACAUGAUCGCCCAGAAGGGAAAACGUCCACAGCGCACAAAGGCAGAGUUGCAUCCUAGGUGGAUGUCUGACCACCUGUCCAUCAAACCCGUCAAGCAAGAGGAGACUCCUGUGCUGACCAGAAUAGAAAAACAAAAGCGCAAAGAGGAGGAAGAAGAGCGUCAGAUUCUUCUAGCAGUGCAGAAGAAGGAGCAGGAGCAGAUGCUAAAGGAAGAGAGGAAACGCGAGUUGGAGGAGAAGGUCAAGGCAGUGGAAGAUCGAGCGAAGAGGAGAAAGCUCAGGGAAGAAAGGGCAUGGCUGCUGGCUCAAGGAAAGGAGCUCCCUCCAGAACUUUCCCAUCUGGACCCCAAUUCCCCCAUGAGAGAGGAAAAAAAGACUAAAGACCUCUUUGAGUUGGACGAUGAUUUCACUGCUAUGUAUAAAGUUCUAGACGUGGUAAAGGCUCACAAGGAUUCCUGGCCCUUCUUGGAACCUGUGGAUGAAUCUUAUGCCCCUAACUAUUAUCAGAUUAUUAAGGCCCCCAUGGAUAUUUCCAGCAUGGAGAAGAAACUGAAUGGAGGUUUAUACUGUACCAAGGAGGAAUUUGUAAAUGACAUGAAGACCAUGUUCAGGAAUUGUCGAAAGUAUAAUGGGGAAAGUAGUGAGUAUACCAAGAUGUCUGAUAAUUUAGAGAGGUGUUUCCAUCGGGCAAUGAUGAAACAUUUUCCUGGAGAAGAUGGAGACACAGAUGAAGAAUUUUGGAUUCGAGAGGAUGAAAAGCGGGAGAAAAGACGGAGUCGGGCUGGUCGAAGUGGUGGGAGCCAUGUUUGGACCCGCUCCAGGGACCCAGAAGGGCCCAGCAGGAAACAGCAGCCCAUGGAGAAUGGAGGAAAGUCGUUGCCCCCCACACGCCGAGCGCCCUCUUCUGGGGACGAUCAGAGCAGCAGCUCCACACAGCCCCUGCGGGAGGUGGGCACUUCCAAUGGCCGAGGUUUUUCUCAUCCCCUGCAUUGUGGUGGGACACCCAGCCAGGCACCCUUUUUAAACCAGAUGAGGCCAGCAGUACCAGGAACAUUUGGCCCUCUGCGAGGAUCAGAUCCUGCCACCUUGUAUGGCUCCUGUGGAGUCCCGGAGCCACACCCCGGGGAGCCUGUGCAGCAGCGUCAGCCUUUCACCAUGCAGCCUCCAGCUGGAAUUAACAGCCUCCGAGGACCCCGGCUAGGCACACCAGAGGAGAAGCAAAUGUGCGGGGGGCUGACACACCUUUCUAACAUGGGCCCACACCCUGGAUCCUUGCAGCUUGGGCAGAUAAGUGGCCCAAGUCAGGAUGGAAGCAUGUAUGCUCCAGCUCAGUUCCAGCCAGGAUUCAUUCCUCCCCGGCAUGGGGGGGCUCCAGCCCGGCCACCAGACUUUCCUGAAAGCUCAGAAAUUCCUCCCAGCCAUAUGUAUCGAUCGUACAAGUACCUGAAUCGAGUACACUCUGCCGUCUGGAAUGGGAACCAUGGUGCUACGAACCAAGGACCCUUGGGCCCAGAUGAGAAGCCCCACCUGGGGCCAGGACCCUCUCACCAGCCUCGCACUCUCGGUCACGUGAUGGAUUCCCGAGUCAUGAGACCACCUGUCCCCCCCAACCAGUGGACUGAACAAUCAGGCUUCCUACCUCAUGGAGUUCCUUCCUCAGGGUACAUGCGACCGCCCUGCAAGUCUGCUGGACAUCGGUUACAGCCACCUCCAGUGCCAGCACCCAGUUCUUUGUUUGGAGCACCUGCCCAGGCUCUUCGGGGGGUGCAGGGAGGGGACUCCAUGAUGGACAGCCCAGAGAUGAUUGCGAUGCAGCAGCUCUCCUCCCGCGUCUGCCCCCCAGGUGUGCCUUACCACCCCCACCAGCCUGCACACCCCCGUUUACCUGGCCCUUUUCCGCAGGUAGCUCACCCAAUGUCAGUCACUGUGUCAGCCCCCAAGCCUGCCCUGGGCAACCCUGGGAGGGCACCGGAGAACAGUGAAGCACAAGAGCCUGAGAAUGACCAAGCAGAGCCGUUGCCUGGCCUUGAAGAGAAACCACCAGGUGUUGGUACUUCAGAGGGGGUCUACCUCACACAACUACCUCACCCCACACCUCCCCUGCAGACUGACUGCACCAGGCAGAGCUCACCACAAGAAAGGGAAACAGUGGGCCCGGAGCUCAAAAGCAGCUCCUCCGAAUCUGCGGACAACUGUAAAGCAAUGAAGGGCAAGAAUCCCUGGCCCUCGGAUAGCAGCUACCCCGGCCCAGCCGCCCAAGGGUGCGUGAGAGACCUCUCCACGGUGGCAGACAGGGGCGCUCUAUCCGAGAACGGAGUCAUUGGGGAAGCAUCUCCUUGUGGAUCGGAGGGGAAGGGCCUUGGUAGCAGUGGUUCCGAAAAGCUGCUCUGCCCCAGAGGCAGAACGUUGCAGGAAACCAUGCCAUGCACGGGACAGAACGCAGCGACACCGCCCAGCACAGACCCCGGUUUGACGGGAGGCACUGUGAGCCAGUUUCCCCCGCUGUAUAUGCCUGGCCUAGAGUACCCGAAUUCAGCUGCCCAUUACCACAUCAGUCCAGGCCUGCAGGGUGUGGGCCCUGUGAUGGGAGGGAAGUCCCCAGCAUCCCAUCCCCAGCAUUUUCCCCCAAGGGGCUUUCAGUCUACCCACCCACAUUCUGGAGGCUUUCCCCGGUAUCGCCCCCCACAAGGAAUGAGGUAUUCCUACCACCCACCGCCACAGCCUUCCUACCACCACUAUCAGCGAACUCCUUACUAUGCCUGUCCACAGAGCUUUUCUGACUGGCAGAGACCUCUCCAUCCCCAGGGAAGCCCAAGCGGACCCCCAGCCAGUCAGCCUCCCCCACCAAGGUCCCUCUUCUCAGAUAAGAAUGCCAUGGCCAGUCUGCAAGGCUGUGAGACACUGAAUGCUGCCUUAACUUCUCCAACCCGUAUGGAUGCAGUGGCUGCUAAAGUCCCAAAUGACGGGCAGAAUCCUGGUCCAGAGGAAGAGAAGCUGGAUGAAUCUAUGGAGAGGCCAGAGAGUCCCAAAGAAUUUUUAGACCUGGACAACCAUAACGCAGCUACCAAGCGGCAGAGCUCGUUGUCAGCCAGCGAGUAUCUCUAUGGAACUCCUCCUCCGCCUCUGAGUUCAGGAAUGGGAUUUGGUUCAUCUGCAUUUCCACCCCACGGUGUGAUGCUGCAGACGGGGCCUCCCUAUACCCCUCAGCGGCCGGCCAGUCACUUUCAGCCCAGGGCUUACUCUUCCCCUGUGGCUGCCCUCCCACCUCACCACCCAGGGGCCACUCAGCCCAACGGCCUCUCUCAGGAGGGUCCCAUCUAUCGCUGCCAGGAAGAAGGCCUGGGUCACUUUCAAGCUGUGAUGAUGGAACAAAUUGGCACUAGAAGUGGAAUAAGAGGACCUUUCCAGGAAAUGUACAGACCAUCAGGAAUGCAGAUGCACCCGGUCCAGUCGCAGGCCUCGUUCCCAAAGACCCCCACAGCAGCAACAUCACAGGAGGAGGUGCCGCCUCAUAAGCCUCCAACACUUCCCCUGGAUCAGAGCUAGUCCAAGGAGGAAAUGAGCCCCAAGCAAUGGAAAGCUGCACACGAAGACUAGAAUGUGGAGAACUGGGGAGUGCCCUGUCAGCUCUAUUCCCAUCACCUGCUCCACCCCUUCACGGCGACCCACUCGUGCCAUACUUGAGCUGGAGCCAGUCACGGGCCCUAAAAGGACACUCCUUAGAUGACUGACACACAGAUUGCAAAGGUCCUCGGCCAGGGAUCUCUUGCACAGUUGAUGUAGACAGUCAGGCAAAACUAAUGAACGUGGAGUUAAUGAUGACUUUUCCAAAUCCUGAGACACUUUUCAGGGAAAAUCACUUUAAACUUGGGGGAGGGGGUAUACUCAAGAAUGGAGUGGUGCUUUUAAACUUUGAUGAGCAGCUAAACUCAGGUAUAUAUUUGGGGAAGGGACUACUCUUAGUAUUAAUGGUUUUGGAGCUGGGUCCAGUUUACAGAAUUUUCAUGUUGCCUUUUAAAAUAAUUUUUGUUGGUGGUGAAUGUAUUGUACAUAAAGUGGGAAGGGUGGGUGGGGAUGCGGAAGAAAUGGGGGUCCUAACUGGUGGGCACACAGCACUGGAGUGAUUUUUAUCUGUUUACAAUCAUGUCACACUGAAUACUUACGGGAGCCGGAGAUGAGGGUAGGAAAGGUUUGAUCUUGUAAUAUGUCACUGUGUUUCCUUAGUGGCCAGCCAGCCUUCAGAAUAGCUAAAGGCCUGCCUUCCUUCCAGUCAGCCUGAGAGAGAACACCUGUCCCCUAAGUACCUGGUGUCUCCGUUGGAGGCAGAGUGCUCUCAGGAGACUACUAGAAGCUUCAGCCCGGAAGACAGGCUGCUCUCUCAUGCUGGUGGCCCAAAUCCUGGAUUUGAGAAAGUGGUGUCCCUUCCUGAUUUUGCCACCAGCCCUACCGAAUAGUUGUAAACCAGUAUCAGGAAUUGGGAUCGCUAGAGUGUUUCACGUAUUAGAAGAUGAAUCGUCCUCAUCACAGACCUCCCUGUCAGGACUGUGAUCUAGAAGGCACCACACACAGCUUUCUGGCACGAAUCACAUUUUGUGGAAGUGACUACUCAGGUUUGUAUAUUUUAGUAUCAAUAAAGAAUUGCACAGGUUUGAAUAGGAAAAAUGUAUUCUAUAGAUUUACAGUUUGAAUUUAGGAAUAUUUCAGUAUAUAUAGUUUUUAUUCGUUUUAAGUGAAUCAUAGUAAAAUCAGUCAUGGUGAUUUAAAAUAGCUAUCAAGAACGAGUUCUUGGAAUUAUCUGUUGUAUCUGUGAUAGGAAACCAUUUUACAGUAUUAAAUUACUUUAUUACAGUUGUAGAGUUGAAUUACACUGGAUUCUCCCUCGUUAGCAUUCUGUAUUUGAUUUUAGCUGAAAGGUCACCAAAGUUAGGACCCAUGUUUUAAACUUUUGAAUAUUCCACAAAAGAAAAAACUAAGGAAAAUACUGAAAUUACAGGUCUUUGUAAAGAAUAGCAUAUUUUUAAGCAUGCUUUUGGGAUAGUAGAAGAGUCUCUAUGAAAUAUUAAUCUGCCCUAGUUUCUUAUAAAUUCAACUGUGGGAGGGGCCAGUGGAGUGUUUCCCUCCAAUUCCAGGAUGCCUAGUGAAGCAUGGAACUGUCGUGUUUACAGUUUGCUAAACAUACGCUGUCCGUGGAGAAGGAAGCUAAUCGGAAGCAUCCAUGAUACAGAGAAAUGAAAGCCAAGACACCAGUUCCAGGAUGAUGGAAGUUCAUAUCCGUACGCAAAUGCUGAACCUGGUGCUGCUGCCUAGGGCUCAGGCAGAUUUGAGAGUUGAGUAGGGAACACAGGUGCCUCUAAGGUAUAAUGCACAAAAAUACAGAUUUUCUCUCAGAGAGGUUUUAAUUUUAAAUUUGAUGUAUUUGCAAGUGGAUUGAGUUUUGAGCCUGUGUUCUCACUGGAUCCUAAUUCUUGUAGAAACCUAUCACUGGCAUAACCUGGUUUAGGAGAGUGAAGAGGACAGAAGGAUUGUGGAUGCGUCUGCCCUUUAGCUAGUAUCCGCUAACAUGGGGCAUUACUACUUCAGUUUCUGUGUUUGUGCAGAAGCAGGGAGGAGGAAAAAAGCUAGUUUGGAGCUGGUUAGACCUGGUCUAGGCCCAGAGAAUUUGGCCACUGACAGCCUUUCUCUUUUCCUGGUAAUGCUGGUUUGAAUCAGAGGCCUCUCACUUCUCCUUAACAGGAGCACUGUCACUGUGGGCCUCUCCCCAUGACUACCCCAGGGGCCUGGGUGGGAGUGGCUGUAAGCAGCAGUUGGGCCAUUGCCCCCUUUCCUUCUGCCCUCGUGGUCCUUGAGCAGUUGUGUGCACACUCUUCCAGGUAAUCCUGUCUCCUCUCUCUCCCAGUGACUGCCCCAAUCAGCUGUUGCUAGAGCGAUGCUGUGAACGAUACAGGAAAAGUCAGUAAAUCCCUUUAUCCUUAAUCUCCCUUCUUGGUUUUAGACAGAAAAUAUUAAGGAAGAGCAAUAGGAAAUAGAACUACUGUAUUAUAACACUGUGAACAAGAACAACAGCAGCAGCAGAAUUGUCAGCCUUCCUGCAUCCUGUGUGGGAAUGUGUCCAUGCCUUAUAGGUACUAGUGCUUCGUCCAUUGUCCAGGGAGUGUCCUGAGCUUUCACUGGUCUUUGAAGUGCAGAUCUGCUAUAAGCUGUCUGGAGCUGCAAGGUUGCAGGAAUCCACAGGACCGUGAGCUGCUGUGAACCCCUAGUCCACCCAUCCCCAAGCAGGAUCUUUUUCUCACCUUUUCUUCCUCCUCUAGCACUUCUCUUUCCAAGUGUCUUAAGCAGAUGCAAUGUCUUAAAGCAGAUGCAAAUGCAUUUGCCAUCUUCUCCAUUAGGAAAAUGAUGGUUAUGUGAUAUGUUAUAUUUAGGAAGUAGUGUGUAAGGUAUCCUGAAAAGGUUUGCUCUCAAGCUAGAAGGACAUUUCACCCUGUGGGUCACUGUCACCUUGUCAGCGUGCCGGCUCUCAGUGGUCCCCAGGAGGAUGGGGAUAGCUGAGAUCCUGGAGAAUGGGAAAUACCAUUGCAUCUCUUUGAUUUAACACUCAUGGCUCACCUUUAGUAGAGUUGUUAAUAAAUUAGAAACUUGUGUCCCUAAGGCCCAAGAGAAAAGAUGAGCUUCUUGGGAGGAUUCUGGGUUUGUUUUCCCCUCAGAAUUAAAAAAUAGUUUUUAAUUCAGCUACUUUUUCCCCUCAGUUAAAAGGUAGCAGGAGCUGUUGGCUGAAAUUUGUUACAGUGAAUGAAUGUGGAGAAUAAAUAAGAACAAACCCUGCAGGAUUCUUGUUGACGUAACUUUCCAUCCCACCUCUCCGCCUCUCCUUCAUCACCAGCCUUCAUCAGGUUGGUUUAGUUUACCUGGCCUUACACACGAGCUGCUCAUCAACAGUUCGUAACUUCUCACUGAGCCCGGGCCGGAUGCUCUCAGAAGGCCUUCUCAUGCUCCUCUUCGUUAGGCUUAGUGAAAACCUUAAGACCUGCAGUUUGUGCCCCUCAGUUCAGUCAGACCUCAGCUUUAAAUGUCGAUUUACUCUGGCUUGUUCCCUGAAAGUGCUUCUUGUGACUAAGCAUUUGGUGUCAUUAUCCCAUGCCAUUUAUCUGCCGUAUAGUUAUUAUAUUAUUUUUGCUGAUUCCUACUGCUGGCAGAUGCCAUCCCAGGCCCACAAAAUCCCAGUGUUGCAGUCACCACAGCUGUCAGAAACAAGUUUGCAAUCCAUACUUCUUGGUUCAAUUUUUUUUUUUUUUAAUGGAAGUUCAAAUCUGUAAAUACUCUACACUGCUCUUAAGACCUGAUUUGAAAUUUCACAGGAAGGCCUAAUCCUAUAGUCACAAGGUAAGGACAGUUGAGUAGUGUCAGAACCCCAACCUGCUUGCAGAGAACCUUGGUUUUCAUAGAAAGGAAAGGCUGAAGGUUUUCUAGCAUUGUUGCCCUUCUUUGUCUGUCAGUCAGUUCACCCUCUGCGAUUCUCCAUGGACCCGCAUUGCAGAAAAUCAGUCCCAUAGAUUAGUGAGCCAUGUACUGCCCAAUCCGGGGGCUCCUGGGGUGUGGUGUGUCCACCAGUGACUCUCUGGACACUAGCUUCAGUAAGAAUACUUCUUAUUUCGGUUGAGAAUGCAGAGGCUUUUAUUCGUGGACUCACAUCACUUGCAUAGGCACAAAGAAUGUGAUUGCCAUUUGCUGCGUGAGAAAAAGCUGGGCUCCCUGUUUCUUUUUUGGGUUGGACUCUGCCGUGCAGCCAUAGGACACCGAGCCUCACGCACUUUCCCCUUGGGACAGUAGUGUUUGGGUGAAUGUUACUGCAUCCCGUUUUUCUUUUUCUUUUCUUUUCUUUUCUUUCUUUUUUUUUUUUUUUUUGAGACGAAAUCUUGCUCUUGUCCCCCAGACUGGAGUGCAAUGGCACGAUCUCGGCUCACUGCAACCUCCACCUCCCAGGUUCAAGGGAUUCUUCUGCCUCGGCCUCCCGAGUAGCUGGGACUACAAGCGCGCACCACCACUCCCAGCUAAUUUUUGUAUUUUUAGUAGAGGCAGAGUUUCACCAUGUUGGCCAGGCUGGUCUCAAACUCCUGACCUCAGGUGAUCCACCCGCCUUGGCCUCCCAACAUGCUGGGAUUACAGGCGUGAGCCAACACACCCGACCUUCAUUUUUUAAAUUAAGCUGGGACACAAGUUUUGCCUCCAGGCUGGAUGUUGAUCCUGCUCUGUGCUAGACAGAUGUGCGGAGGGACUGUUCCGGGCUCGGCUUGACCUUUUCCUACCUAGUUUCUCCCUCUUGUCCUGCACAAGAGGACUAACUGAACUCUACCGUCAGAACGGCUGAUGAGCAGUUGAUUGUCCUGCUUGUGUUUUUGAAAGGGGUGGUUGGGGUGGGAGCAGGGGUAUGGAUAUUGCAUAAGUUAUUGAAAUGCUGACCCCCAUUCAGGAAACCAUGCAGCCCCUUCCCUUCCCUUCCCUAGCCAGGGCUCAGGUACCUCACUCUCCUGCCUUGUGCAUAGCUCCUGGGGCCCCGGUCAGUCUCCACCAGCCUUGGCACACAGUGUCCGGAGCCUCUGCUCCUGCUGCAAAAGCAGAAACCAUGUGAACCUUCUGGCCAGUACUGGAAAGGGGAAUGCUAUUUAUUUUUAUAUUGUGUAUAUUUUGUCGUGGUCUGCUGAUUCCCUGUUUCACUGAGAGCGACACUUACCUCAAUAGUUAGUUCAAUAUUGUGUGUUGGAUAAUUUUUUUAAAAGAACUUUUUAAAAAGCUUUUUGAUCCUUGGAGGUCUGUAGAUUUAUUUCCAUAUGAACUGGUUAUUUUGUAUAAAGUACAUUCUUAAAAUA